GCAAGAAGGUGUGUGAGAGUAGUAGAGGGGAGUGUUGCUGUGUUCUGGAUCUCAUCAGUACUGGUUCUAGGGUUACUGGUUUGGAUCCAGAUCAUAUUAAAGGAGGGAAGUCCUUUGCCCCAUCCUGCUCUGCAUGAAAACAGUCGAGCACUCGCAGGGUUCGGUCAAAUAUUUUUGUCUUUUCUUCACUUGAAACAACGUGGCAAGCAGGUUCCCAAACUGCUCAAAUGCAUCUCGACAAAGACCGUAAGCUUCUCCUGCUUGAUCCAUGAGCCAGAUGACCCACUACAAGACAGGCCACAUUAUCCACAAAACCAAGGUGAAGAGUCUCUGUAUUCUUAUACUUCUGUAUAUUCCACUCUCUAUGAUGGAAAUCCCUGGUCCUUGCAGGCACUCCAUAACCAAAGACCACCUGCUUCAGAUGAAAAGCCUGAUCAAUAUCCAGUUGCGGAAUGGAUGUACAAUAACCUACAAGUUCAUUGAGAGGAAACAUUUGAGCUUGGUGUGUUAUGUGAAAGCAGCACUGCCCCGAGUGCUGGAGCUGCUGAGCAAGCGCUUUCAUUACGCACAGGGCUCGGAGGCCGCUCUCUCAACCCUCACCCUGCAAAACCUCAUCCUCAACAUCUACUCGCAGCACUGCGUGCCUGCCCUCAACGAGGAGCUCGAGGAGGACCCGGUGGCAUUUGAGAGGCAGUUUACUGACUCCCCCAUGAGAGCUCUUCAGAGAGCUAAGGAAGUGCUGGAUCUCUACCUGGAGCUUAUCACGCACACACACACAGUCGUGGACUGGGCCUGUGAGGCAGAGUACAGCAGCCACGGACCUGCUGCCAUCACAGAGCCACCAGCCAGCACAGAAGCUGCACUAGGCCUGGGAGGACAGCCACACCAAAGUUCCUCUAAGGAGCGCUUCUAUAAACCAGGUUUCAUUGUGCUUUCAGUGAGUGCAGGGCUCCUCCUGGUCCUCGGCAUCUACUGUUUCAUAGACAGAAAGAUACUUCAAGGUCAACUUCAAAGGCUAGCAAUGGAGUCAGACAGGCCAGAUGUUCGUCCACAAGGCGAGGACAUGUAUCCUCUCAGCAGCUCCUAAUCUAAUGAAUCCAACAAUUCUAACAGCAGCUGCCCUACAGAUGUCUUGUGCUCAUCUGGUGAACAGCUCACUCGCCAAAAGUUCUCUGUUACACACACAAAAUAACAAGCUCACUUUUUGUCUAUUCAUUAAAAACACUUUCACUGUAUACUGUAUAUAUAUAUAUAUAAUUAUACACAGCAUACUAUACUUGUAUUUAUGAGCAUUACUAGAAAAUGAAAUAGCAAGUGUGUACAAAUACAGUACGCAAUACCCAUUUGAGAGAAGUUGAGCUGUGUUGUGAAUCCUGAGUCUCAUGAUAAAUGUGUGGUCACCAAAUUUAGUCAAAUCACAAGUGUAAUUACAAACUCAUUUAAAACAUGUACAUUCAAAUAGCUAUAGAUUUAUGUAUGCUGUAUCUACAGCUGGGAUUAUAAAAACUUCAGAAAUAAGAGUUUUGUUUACAGGCCUUUCCACACUUUGUUUUGACAAAUGGCACAGGCAACAGUAAGGGAUCUGUGAAAAAAGAAAUCUGGUUUCAAAUGUGAUCUUUUAUGAUGUUCAUUUAAGAGAUAAUACAUUGUCCCACAUAUCUGACUCGGAGGCUAAAAUACUAAGGUUGGACACAAGGUUAUCAGUUGAUGUGCUAUGUAAAUGUGCUCUCAAGCACAAGAGACAGGAAAUGCCAGACCCCAUUUUUGAAAAGUUGACAUUUUAGGUUUCAUUUUCAUUUCUGUGCGUUUUGUUCUUAGUCAAUAGACAAGGGUUAACAAGGCCAAAACUCAGCCAGAAGCAGAGCACGUUGCUCUGGCAAGCCUAACAGGAGGCACCUGCUGAAGCUGUUCAGUUCCCACCCUCACCACCACUUUCCACAGACAUGGAGAUUAAGGAAUGGUCAUCUUCACUGCAUAUGUGCCUGGUUGCCACUAAGGUGGAGCAUUAAUUAACUUUCAUCAUUAGCCAACACAUUCAAAUAUGCAGUUCUCAGCAUACAUAAGGAAAUAACUGACUCAAAGUUUUUACUAGAUACCCCAGAUGUCUUCUAGUGAUUAGGACCAGCUAGUAGGGAAAAGAAAAGUGAAGGGACUGACACUUUACAACAUGAUUUAGUGUAAAAUCCCAGGAACAAAAAGUACUUCUGAAUGCCCUGGACCAUUUCCUUUUAAUAUGCACAGCAGCAGAUGGCAAAUGCCAUGGUAAAGUGCAGAUUACAGAAACCACUUUGUAGUCACGAUCAGAAUUCAAAUAAGCAAAGCAUUAGAUGUGGCAUGCCAUUAUGGAUGUGGCUACUUUGCCCCCUCAAAUGUAUAGGCAUAAUUCUUACAGCAAGAGACUAGUUUAUAUAUUAAAAUAAAUAAAUAAAUAAAUAAAUACUUUUUUUUUUUAAAAAGGACACAUUGAAAAGACCUGAGUGGCUUAAAUGUAGAUGAAUGGCUUUUAUACUGUUUUGACUAUUUUAUGUCUAAAAAACAGUAAAAUAAAUGAGUUCCCAGAA